CGGUCCCACCCCUUGCACCCCGGCGCAGCUGGCGCACCCCAGACCUGUCAUCCUGCUCGGCCGCCCCCGCACGCCCGCGCCGCUGCGGCCUGCAGAGCUCUCCUGGCGCCUCAUCGCGUGCUGGGUUUGGUGGUGCCUGCCCGGAACUCGGGAGCCUGGGUUUCGCCUGGACUCUGUACAUGGCCAGCAUGGUGGGGGUAGUCAUACCCCGCUCUCAACUAACACGUAAAGAAGCGUGCGCACCAGAUUACCUCUCUGAGGGUCCCCACCCAAGCCUCUGGAUAAAGCUUGGUGCUGUCUUGGGGUUUUCGAGCUUUGGCCGUAAGAAAGGCAGUCCUGGAGAGGUACCUGCCACUCAAAGUGGAGGCCACUGGGUAUUCCAUUCCAGCCUCCAGAGCGAGCUGCUGGGAGGAUGAAAGGGGAAGUUACUCACCUCACUUAAAACUUUGUUGGUCAGAGCUUUGGUGGCUACUUCCUGCUUCUUCCAUCCCACAUCGGACCUAUGUGCCUUGCAUAGGGGCCUGUGGAACCUUGCAUAGGGAACAGUAGGAUGGGGGAGAGCUGGCUGGCCUUCUCUGGCUGUGGAGGGUGCCGUGGCACGUGUGUGCGGGGAUCCCUGUUGGCAGUUGUGGCCGGGAGGGGAGGUCUGGCUUGCUGCUGUAGGGGAAUCUUGGCUUGGUAGCGGCCUGGAGGUCUUGCCUCUCUCCUUGUGCCUGCAGCUUCAGGGCUGAGACUGGAGGUCUAGGGAAGGUGGAGGAACUGCAGCUCUUAGAAGAAGCCUCUCCUGAGGGGAGGAAACCAUUUGUCUUGCUCCAGAACCUGCCAGGAAUGUGAAUAAUAGGGGUAUAAACAUUCAAUUACUGCGAUAAGCUAUCUCAUUGCGUGGCCCUGGCCCAGUCUCCAUUCUAAUUGGAUUGGCCUCUGGCUGGUUACUGUGGUCUGAGAGCUCCCAGGGGACAAGAGGAUGAAGAACCUGGAAGGCAUCCCCCAGAACACACAGCCUGCACAGCCUGCCCACGGCAGUGUGGCUUCUCCAAGUGCCAGGAUCCAGGGUCCAGUGAAGCACCAUGAACUGGGAGGCAUAGAUGAGCCCAAGAGCCCCUCUGCAAGAAGGAGGAAGAGCCAGCAGUUCUUUCUCCUGUGCUUGACUGCAUAGCCCAGCACUUUUCUCUGCCCCUGCUCAGCCCCCACCGGCUCCUGGACUAGGGCAGGGCUUCUGGCAGGACCCACCCCCAGGGGAUGGGCGACUGGUGAAGUAGGACUCACUGCUGGGGCCCAGUUGGCCACACCAUGAACCUCCAGGCCCAGCCCAAGGCUCAGAACAAGCGGAAGCGUUGCCUCUUUGGGGACCAGGAAGCAGCUCCCAAGGAGCACCCACCACCCCUUCAGGCCCCACAGCAGCCCUCGGCCCCUCCACAGUCCACCAGAGUGAAGGAGGAACCUUACUUUGGGCACGAGGGCCUGUCAGGAGCAGCCCCUGCCUCCCAGUCUGUGGAACUGCCCCCUCCCAACAGCCUGGCCCUGCUUAACUCUGUGGUGUAUGGGUCUGAGCGGACCACGGCAGCCAUGUUGUCCCAGCAGGUGGGCUCAGUCAAGUGGCCCAACUCUGUGAUGGCUCCAGGGCGGGGCCCAGAGCGUGGAGGGAGUGCUGGUGUCAGUGACAGUGGCUGGCAGCAGCAGCCUGGUCAACCUCCACCCCACUCAACAUGGAACCGCCACAGCCUGCCCCUCUACAGUGGACCCAAGGGGAGCCCCCAUCCGGGUAUGGCGGUCUCCACCUACUAUAACCACCCUGAGGCACUGAAGCGGGAGAAAGGAGGGGGGCCACAGCUGGACCGCUAUGGAAAUGCAGUGCGGCCGAUGAUGCCCCAGAAGGUACAGCUGGAGGUGGGGCGGCCCCAGGCACCCCUGAACUCUUUCCAUGUGGCUAAGAAGCCGCCAAACCAGACGCUGCCUCUGCAGCCCUUCCAGCUGGCGUUCGGCCACCAGGUAAACCGGCAGGUCUUCCGGCAGGGCCCACCGCCCCCCAACCCGGUUGCUGCCUUCCCACCACAGAAGCAGCAGCAGCAAGCAGCCCUACCCCAGAUGCAGCUCUUUGAGAACUUCUAUCCCAUGCAGCAGCCGCCCUCUCAGCAGCCCCAGGACUUUGGCCUGCAGCCAGCUGGGCCACUCGGGCAGUCCCAUCUGGCUCACCACAGCAUGGCCUCCUACCCCUUCCCCCCAAACCCUGACAUGAACCCAGAACUGCGCAAGGCCCUACUGCAGGAGUCGGCCCCGCAGCCUGUGCUACCUCAGGCCCAGAUCGCCUUCCCCCGCCGCUCCCGCCGCCUCUCUAAGGAGGGCAUCCUGCCUUCCACCGCCCUGGAUGGGGCUGGCACCCAACAUGGACAGGAGCCCACCAGCAACCUGUUCCUACACCACUGGGCCCCACAGCAGCCACCAGCCAGCCAUCUGGGGCAGCCCCAUCCUGAAGCUCUGGGAUUCCCUCUGGAGCUGAGGGAGGCGCAGUUGCUGUCUGAUGGGGAGAGACUGGCACCCAAUGGUCGGGAGCGGGAGGCCACCACCAUGGGCAACGAGGAGGGCAUGCGGGCAGUGGGCCUGGGGGACUGUGGGCAGGUGCUACGGGGUGGCGUGAUCCAGAGCACUCGACGGAGGCGCCGGGUGUCUCAGGAGGCCAAUUUGCUGACCCUGGCCCAGAAGGCAGUGGAGCUGGCCUCACUGCAGAACACAAAGGAUGCCAGUGGCUCUGAGGAGAAGCGGAAAAGUGUAUUGGCUUCAACAACCAAGUGUGGGGUGGAGUUUUCUGAGCCUUCCUUAGCUGCCAAGCGAGCACGAGAGGACAGUGGGAUGGUUCCCCUCAUCAUCCCAGUGUCUGUGCCUGUGCGGACUGUGGACCCAACUGAGGCAGCCCAAGCUGGAGGUGUUGAGGAUGGGAAGGGUCCUGAACAGAAUCCCACUGAACACAAGCCGUCAGUCAUUGUCACCCGCAGGCGGUCCACCCGUAUCCCUGGGACUGAUGCCCUUGCUCAGGCUGAGGACAUGAGUCAGAGGUUGGAGGGGGAAACUUCGGUGCGGAAACCAAAGCAGCGGCCGCGGCCUGAGCCCCUCAUCAUCCCCACCAAGGCGGGCACUUUCAUUGCCCCUCCCGUCUACUCCAACAUCACCCCAUACCAGAGCCACCUGCGCUCUCCCGUCCGCCUAGCUGACCACCCCUCCGAGCGGAGCUUUGAGCUGCCCCCCUACACACCACCCCCCAUCCUCAGCCCCGUGCGGGAAGGCUCCGGCCUCUAUUUCAAUGCCAUCAUGUCAACGAGCAGCAUCCCGGCCCCUCCUCCCAUCACACCAAAGAGCGCCCAUCGCACCCUGCUCCGGUCUAAUAGUGCUGAAGUCACACCGCCUGUCCUCUCUGUGAUGGGGGAGGCCACCCCAGUGAGCAUCGAGCCACGGAUCAACGUGGGCUCCCGGUUCCAAGCAGAGAUCCCCUCGAUGAGGGACCGUGCCUUGGCAGCUGCAGACCCCCACAAGGCUGACUUGGUGUGGCAGCCAUGGGAGGACCUAGAGAGCAGCCGUGAGAAGCAGAGGCAAGUGGAAGACCUGCUGACAGCUGCCUGCUCCAGCAUUUUACCUGGCGCUGGCACCAACCAGGAGCUGGCCCUGCACUGUCUGCACGAGUCCAGGGGAGACAUCCUGGAGACGCUGAAUAAGCUGCUAUUGAAGAAGCCCCUCCGGCCCCACAACCACCCACUGGCAACUUAUCACUACACAGGCUCUGACCAGUGGAAGAUGGCUGAGAGGAAGCUGUUCAACAAGGGCAUUGCCAUCUAUAAGAAGGAUUUUUUUCUGGUGCAGAAGCUGAUCCAGACGAAGACCGUGGCCCAGUGUGUGGAGUUCUACUACACCUACAAGAAGCAGGUGAAAAUUGGCCGCAAUGGGACUCUAACCUUCGGAGAUGUGGACACAAGUGACGAGAAGUCAGCACAGGAAGAGGUUGAAGUGGAUAUUAAGACUUCCCAGAAGUUCCCAAGGGUGACUCUGUCCAGAAGAGAGUCCCCAAGUGAAGAGAGACUGGAGCCCAAGAGGGAAAUAAAGGAGACCGGGAAGGAGGGGGAGGAAGAGGUGCCAGAGGUCCAGGAGAAAGGGGAGCAGGAAGAGGGACGAGAGCGAAGCCGGAGGGCAGCAGCCGUCAAAGCCACCCAGACACUACAGGCCAAUGAGUCGGCCAACGACAUCCUCAUUCUCCGAAGCCAUGAGUCUAACGCCCCUGGGUCAGCCGGUGGCCAGGCUGCAGAGAAGCCAAGGGAGGGGGCAGGGAAGUCUCGAAGGGCACUACCUUUCUCGGAGAAGAAGAAAAAAACAGAGACCUUUAAUAAGACUCAGAAUCAGGAGAAUACUUUCCCUUGUAAAAAAUGUGGCAGGGUGUUUUCCAAGGUGAAAAGCCGCAGCGCCCACAUGAAGAGCCACGCAGAGCAGGAGAAGAAGGCCGCCGCUCUGAGACAGAGGGAGAGAGAGGCCGCCGCCGCCGCCGCCUCUGCGGCCAACGCCUCCCCACACCAGCCGUCCCUGCGGGAGGAGAGCAGCGCGGGCGACAGGGGCUGAGGCCCGGGGCUCGGCUGGAGGCCCUCCCUGCACCAGCCCUGCUGGCGCCCACCAGCGCCCUGGAGCCUCCAGAGGGAGAAAGGAGAGAUCACAUGGAUUUUUUCUGAAAAACAAAAAGACGAUAAAAUAAACGGCUCUUUUAUUUA